AUGGAUAUUACGAUUAUAUUGUUAGGAACUUUGAUUAGUGUUCUCUUUUACUAUGUUUGGACUUUAAAAUCACGUUAUGAAUAUUUUGUACGACGAAAUAUUCCUGGCCCACGACCUAAGUUUUUCUUUGGUCAUUAUUUGAAUAUGUGGAGUACACCUUCGUUUAAUCGUCAAAUUCAAAAAUGGACUCAUCAAUAUGGUCGUAUUUAUGGAAUUUUUCAAGGAAUACGCCCGAUAUAUGUCGUAUCAGAUGUUGAUUUCUUACAAGAAGUAUUUAUCAAACAAUUUUCGGUGUUUCAUUCACGACCUAAUAACAUAUUUAUUCGGAUGAUUAAAAGUAAUGCAGCUAGUUUAUUUUCUGCUCAUGGUAACCAAUGGCGACGUCAACGACAUGUUAUUAAUCCAACGUUUACAACAGUUAAGUUAAAAAUGAUGACGCCACUUAUGAAUAAAUGUAUUGCAUCAAUGAUGAAAAAAACAGAUGAAAACAAUGAUAAGGAAUUUAAUAUUUUUGCUUUAUACAAACGGUUGACUAUGGACGUUAUAUGGCAUUGUGCAUUUGGCAUUGAUACUGAUCUACAAAAUGAUAUUGAUAACAUCUAUAUGAAAAAAUCACUAGCCUGUUUUGCUCGUGAUCCAGAAAAAAUGUUCAUUGUGAGAUUAUCUAAUUUAAUGCCAUUUCUUAUUCCAUUAUUAAUUAAAAUUAUGAAUAGUUCUGUUACAUUAAUAAACUUUCUACAUGCAUUAAUGCCAUCAAGAAUGCAUAAUUUUGAAGGUCCUCCUCAAUUAUGGAUUUUUAAACAAAUUGAAAACGUUGUUAAACAAAGAUUAGCAUCUCAAAAUAAAAGAAUAGAUUUACUUCAAUUAAUGUUAGAUGCAUCUACACAACAAGAAAUUAAGAAUGAUGAUAAUAAUGAACUCAUGUCAAAAAAUCUUCAUUAUAAAGAAGUAUUAAUGAAUGCAACGUUGGUUUUAAAUGCUGGUUUUGAAACAACAUCACUUAAUCUUGCUUAUUCAACAUAUGAAUUAGCUAAACAUCCAAAUAUUCAAACUAAACUACAAACAGAAAUCGAUGAAUAUUGGAAAGAUGAAGAAGAAAUUGAUUAUGACAUAAUUAAUGACAUGAAAUAUUUGGAUAUGUUUAUACGAGAAGUUCUUCGAAUACAUGCUGUUACACAUAGAGUUUUUAGUAGUAUUAUUCAAGCUGAUGUGUAUUCAAUUCAUCAUAAUAUUGAUUUAUGGGGACCGGAAGACCCGAACGACUUUGUUCCUGAACGUCAUAUGACAAAACGACAUCCAUUAGCUUAUAUGCCAUUUGGUGUUGGACCAAGAAAUUGUGUUGGAAUGAAAUUUGCAUUAAUGGAAUUAAAAAUUGCUUUAGCAAAUAUAUUACAUAGAUAUACAAUUUUACCUGGUAAGAAACUUGAACAAGGAAUGAAAAGACAAGAAACUACAACUUUAUCACCAGAAGCUAUUUAUAUACGAGUUGAAAAACGAUCAAAUUCAUCUAAUAUUUAG